AUGACCAGCGACAAGUCAUUGAACGUUGGUCAACUGGAGGCCGUGAACAGUAUAGCCAGUACCAACACGAACCUGGAAAUAAACCACUAUAGCCACCUUACCCUUUGGCAGUCCAUCAAGAAGUGGCGUCGCGUCGUCCUUUACUGCAUCGGGAUGACUUCUGCCAUCCUCAUGUACGGUUAUGACUAUGUCAUAAUCGGUACCACAUCAGCCAUGCCCAGCUUCCAGCAAGAUUUCGGUCAGCGCCUGAACGACAAAUGGAUCUUGCCAUCCCUCUGGCUUGGUCUCUGGAAUUUCGUGAGCCCGGGUUGCUCCAUGAUCGGUUCUCUGAUCGGGGGCGUCUUCCAGGACAGAUACGGCCGCCGGGCGUCACUCGCUAUUGGUUCAUUCUUGUCGGCGAUUGGUGUAGCUGUCUGCUUCAUCUCGAACCUGUCCCCCGAUAUUCACACCCGGCGCGGCGUCUUUCUUGCAGGCAAAGGGUUCCAGGGCGGGGCUAUCGGCAUGGUGAUGACCACCUCCCAGACGUACAUGUCGGAGAUUCUGCCGCCCAACCUCCGGGGACCACUCCUGGCUUUUUUCCCCAUCUUUACCUUGCUCGGACAGCUCACGGGGGCCGCCGUCAUCUUUGCGUGCAUGAACAUGGAAAACGGUUACACCAUUUGCUUUGCCUCGCAGUGGCCGUUCUCCGCUCUCCCGUUGUUGAUGGCGUUCCUCAUCCCCGAGAGCCCAACAUAUCUUCUUCGCAGGAACCAGGACGCCAAGGCCCGUAAGGCUCAGGCGAAGCUGGACGUACCAGGCGCAGACCCCGAGGAUGCCCUCCACGCCAUUCGCCGGAAUAUUCAACAUGAGAGGCAGCAGAACAAUGCCACGUACGUCGACUCCUUCCGAGGCGUCAACCUUCGGCGGACGUUGAUCAUCAUGUUCGCCAAUUCGCUACCAAACAUAUUCGGUCUCACCUUGCUCGCCAAAUCCAGUUACUUCAUGCAGAUGGUCGGCAUGAAGGCCAGCUUGAGCGUUAUUGUCCUCAUACUCGGUAUUGUCUGUGGACUUGUUGCAAACAUCGUCAGCAUCUGGGUUCUCUCAAGGAUAGGACGCAGGCGCCUUAUCAUCACAACCCUGUCGCUUCUAACCCUCGUGUGGACCGCCGUUGGCAUCGCCGGAUGCUUCUCAGGCCCUGUGACCGUAUGGUACACUGCUAUAUCAUUGAUAGCGGUCGUCAUCGUAGCAGGGCUGGGAGUGUGGCCCGCGUCGCACGCCGUGGGCGCCGAGACCUCAGCACUCCAUCUGCGCUCCAAGGCCCAAGGGAUUGGCUGGUUCACUGCCGGUGCGAACAAUGCCAUCUUCGGUUUUGUUCUUCCGUACAUGUUCAACCCCGACAAGGGCAACCUUAAAGCCAAGACCGGUUUCGUGUUUGCCGGACUAUGUGCUCUCGGGCUUGUGGUAUCCUUCUUCUUCGUGCCAGAGAUGAAGGGACGAACGCCGGCUGAAAUUGAUCGCAUGUUUGAGUCGAGGCUACCGGCAAGGCAGUUCCAACACUGGACCAACCCAUCCACGAGGUCGGAAGAGAAAGAUGCGGCUAGAGCCGAGUCCUCUGUUGUGUAA